GUCAUAUGACUUCCAUUUCCUGGUACAGUCGGAGGUUGCACAGCUUCAUCUCUGUCCGGGGUUUCGUCGUCGUCUCUCCGGUCGCUCACACUCCUUUCCUGCAUUGCCAUCAUGUAUCGAUAUGCAGCUGUUGUUUUAUUCCUCGCCUCUGGCAUCGUGUUUCAGCUGUCACACGGUGUGGAGGUGAUGGUCAAAGACAAUGAAGACAAGCUAUGUAUAUAUGCCAAUCUAAUGGUGAACUUCUCAGUCUCAUAUGAAGAAGUUGGCAAUAAGAGUUCUACGGCCGAGUUUGAACUUCCCAGUAAAGUCACAACGGACGGAAGUGACUGUAAUGUCACGAGUUCUUUGUUGAAGCUGAAUUUUGGAGGACACACCUGGAGUGUGAACUUCACUAACGAUGGAGAGAAGUACCAGGCAGACUCCAUCACCUUUUCCUACAACCUCAGCGACAAGGCCGUCUUCCCCAAUGCUGCGUUAAAUGAAACCCUCUCUGUUUCUGUUAAGCCUGAAAUUACCAGUGUAGUCAAGGACACCUGCUACUCAUGCAAAAGCAGAGACACCUUUGAAUCUGAUACGGUCAAUCAGACUCUGUGGAACGUGCUCAUACAGGCUUUUGUCAGCAAUAACAGCAAGAGUGAGAACCUUACCUCGUGUGCUGCUGAUGUACCAUCAACCACUGUCCCCCCAACAACACAUACCCCCACGACAGCUCCUGUCACAAACGCCACCACAGCCGCCCCUACUCCUACAACUACCCCGACCCCCACCCUCCCAACACCCGCCGUGGGUGCGUACAUGAUCAAGCCCGACGACAACAGCACGGCCUGUCUGUUAGCCAACUUUGGCCUGCGGAUCGGUUUGAAGCAGGCAGAGAAAUAUCAGGAGAUGAACUUUGAUCCCAAUGGGACCAUAACCUCCGGAAAGUGUGGAGUCAACAGCAGUGAUCUGAUUGUGGAGUCCAAAACAAUGACCAUAAUGCUCACAUUCACCAAUGACACAAAGAAAUUCCGCCUGCAUGCUCUGAACAUCACGGGAAAGACCAGCUCUGGUGUUGUGUUUUCGGAGGCGAACACCAACCUGAGUCUGUGGGAGGCAGCUGUCGGUGCCUCUUACAUGUGCAACAAAGAACAGAACUACACCAUCACCAACAUGCUCACGGUCUUCACCUUCGACCUUCGAGUGCAGCCCUUUGGAGUCAGGAAGGGUGUUUUCAGUACAGCCGAGGAAUGCCAGACUGAUGCAGAGAGCUUCCUUGUUCCCAUAGCUGUUGGUGUUGCCCUGCUUGUUCUCAUUCUUAUCGUUUUGAUGGCCUAUUUCAUCGGGAGAAAGAGAAACAUGGCCACUGGCUACGAGUCUUUCUAGUUAAACUCGCCUCAUAUCAAAAUCUUUUAUGCUACAAAAUGAAUGGAUUGUUAAAUAGUUGCCUGUUUGCUUUGCUGCCUUUCUCUAAUUGUUAAAAAAAAAAAAAAAUUACUAACUUGUGUUUUACGGAUCUUUCCGUGAAGUGUUUCAUGCUGUUGUCCACAAAAUGGGAAACCUGCUAAUUUGUUUUCUCGCACAAGAGUUUGCUGGCAAGAUUGAUACCACUCUCAUGUCUGUACUGCAACUAUGAAUCUGCAGUUAGCCUAGCAUAGCCUCAAAACAUGGGGACAUUGAUAUGGCUCUGCCUCCCAGCACCUCCACAGAUUACUCAUUAACGUGGUGUUGUUAUUCGCUUGUUAAUGCGUGAGACAAUAGAAGGAUACAUAUGAUAUUUCUUGGACUAUUUUCUUGGCAGGGAGCUGUGAGUUGGAGUCUCCUGAUAAUGACGACACAACACAUUCGUCAUUAUCCCAAUUUAUUUCUAUUACAGUUACUCACAGGGUGAAUACUGGAAAAAAACAAAUCUAAUGUGGGACACGUAUGAUCCAGCAUUUUUUUUUCUUCUGGAGGCUUGAGCACAAAAUUAGUUUAAAAAAGUAAACAAUUUAAAACAUCUAUUUGUAUUCAAAUUUGAAAUUUUGUCUGGAUUAACGAGCAUGAUGAUGAAACGAUUUGCAUUAUUUGUAAUCAGCAGACAAAAGCCAGGCUUGCUGUUUUACCCGUUUCAAGGCUUAAUGCUCAGCUAAGCUAAACCUGGGCUGAGUUUUUUUUGUUUUAGAUUGACAGACAGACGAGAGUGUAGAAUUUUUCAUCUGCCGCUAAAUUUGCUCAGAAUUAUGCAGUUUCCCAAAUUGUCCGACAUCAUGUUUAACUAUUUCAAUUGCUCAUUUUGUGUGAUAGAAAAUAAAUCAUGCGGAAUAAUCACUACAAACCAAGCAAGUGAUUUCUUUAAUUUUUUUUGGGAGAAUCUACCGACCCUUUCUGUUAUCAACAGUACAUUUAUUAUCAUUGAUUGCACUAAUUUGUAGGUUCUGCUCUCCUCUCCUGCUUCUCUGUCCUUUCUCUAACUCUUUGUGGACUGUAAAUAUCUUCAAUUCUUUUAUUUUCUGCUUACUAAACCACUAACCUGCUGUCUGUCUCCUCUCUGUCUUUCUGUCUGUCAGCUGAGGAAUGCUUCCUGGACUCUGAUUUGAGUUUUUUGGUGCCCAUCGCAGUGGGUGUGGCACUCAGCUUCCUAAUCGUCCUCGUGCUUAUCUCUUACCUGAUUGGCCGGAGGAAGAGUCGCACUGGCUACCAGUCUGUAUAAUUCAACCCUGGCUGCUUCUGCCUCUCGCACACCCUCAACCCUCACAGCUCUUUUAAAAACACCCACCGAAUCACUCCGCUGCCCGUCAGUGCAUCCAGUAAAAAAAUCCCAAAUUCCUGCUUUUUUUUUCCGUUUUCCCACAACAUAACCGUUUUCUCCUAAACAGCUUAAAAUGAAUCCCAGCAACAACCCCAAUGGUUUCCUUUCCCUUUUGCUUUAAUGCCAAUGACUGAAACAAGUACCAAAACAUUUAUGAUCAAUAUUGCAUCGUUUGAUUGUAGAUUGCAUGUUUUGAAACUUAAAUUUAUGGCUGUUGGUAGCCAUCCACCUCUUCCCUAGAGAGCUCCUCCUUCCUCCUUGCCCCAGAGAGGCUUUUCCCUCUCGGUUUCUGUGCUGUACAGUAGUAUACAUGUAAAUUAAUCUCUUGUAUAGAAUGAAUGACAUUAAUUUUUGAUGACGUGAAUGUACGAGCAAGCUAAUAGAAACACUAUCCCGCUGUGGACUUCAAUGGUUUUUUUUAAAUGUUUCUUUAACCAUCACUUGACAUAAUUUAACAGCUCAAUGAAAGUGUUGCACAUGUAGUCACAUAAUUGUAGCUUGAUGAAAGGGACGCUAACUUAUCACAACACUGUACCAGCAAUGGGACCAGUUGUUUUCUUGUUUCUUUUUUUGUGUGUGAAUGUGUUUUUCGCUCAUGUUAAGACUAAAAAGAUAAUUAUUUUAAAUGUACACCUAUCAUUCAAAGAUCGGUAUUUGUUGAAUAAAUAAAAUGAUGCUCCAUUAUGAACCUGUUUAUUCAAAAGGGUAUUUUUUUUCACCUAACCUUAACCUUCGUUUAUCAACAAGUCUCAAUUUGAUUUUACUUAAAAAAUUGCUAGUAUGAUCCCUAAAGUACCCCCCAUUUGAUUUUAUUAUAACAUCAGCAGCAUGAACAGUUCAAAUAUGAAUACUAUGACCAUCAUUGUUUCAUGUGUAUGAUCCUCAAUUCUGUACAUUCGAUCACCCCCUCCCCUGACAGUUUUGUGCCUUUCUUUUGUGCACCUCUGAGUUGCUUGCUUGAAGCUUGUCUCCAUCUGAUGAAGAAUGUGAUAUGGUGAGCUUGUUUAACACAAGUGGGGAAUUAAAUAAAGUUUAGUUCUUG